AUGAUACCAGGUCAUAAGGAUAUUUUAGCUAUAGUAAGUCCAGAAUUUAAAAAAAUGUUUUCUGGGCCAAAGGAACCACAAGUUAUUGAAAUGUCCGAUAUUAGUUGGAAUGGUUUUGAAAAGCGUUUACAAUUUUUGUAUUCAACAAAUGUUGCACUUACAAUGAAGAAUAUUAGUGAAGUUACACGUCUAACAUAUAAAUACCAAGUAUCCGAUUGCUGUAAUACGUGCGUUGAGUUCCUGCUGGCUAAUCAUCUAGAAAACGAUAUUAUUUGGAUGUACCAAUUGGCUCUCGAUAUCAAUAACGAUGAUUUAAAAAAUUAUUGUGAAAAGUUCAUCAGCCAAAAUUCAAAGAAGUUAUUCGAAUCCGAUGAGUUUCAAAGUUGCGAUCAAAAUAUGUUGAAACGUAUUCUACAAAUGGAUAUGUUAUCAUGCCCAGAGAUUGAUGUAUUUCAUGCAUGUUUAACAUGGGCAAAAUGUGCUUGCAAACGAAAUGAAUCGGAAAAUGUAAAACAACAACUGGGCGAUUGUUUCAAUUUGAUCCGUUUUGGUACGAUGGAUACGAAUGAAUUUAUUAUUCACACUUUGCCAUACAAAGACCUAUUCACGCGAGAAGAAUACGAAGACAUUUUGUAUAAAACGUCGGUAAAAUUUAAUCAUACACCGAGAUUAAAUCCGUAUUUGUGUGGUACAAAACCGAAGAAUACAUUUUACUAUCCAUGUAUGGUCACUAUUAUCAUGAUUGCACAUGGAAGUCCAAGUAUGAAUUUCCAAAGUCCAAAGAUGCAUAUAAUACCCGCGAUUCCGGGUAUUGUAUAA